AUGCGCUUCGCACUCUGGUCCACUGCCCUCCUCGUCGGCUGCAUGGCCGCUCCCAUGCUUCCGACGCACCCGCUCAUUGUCCGAAGAGAAUUGACUGAGAAUGGUGAAGUGUGUGUAAGGAAACCCCACUUCCGGCCCAUCAAAAACAGCAUUAACGCAUACUCCCGCGAUCAGAAAGAAAAGCGCGACAACGACGAACCGUUGACCUCCGAUGGCGACGUGGACCCCGUCAAUGACGGCGAGGUCAACAACAACAUCUCGCUCAUCCGGCUCUGCUAG